AUGAUUAAACUGGAAGCUAGAUUCUUCCUUGCAUAUCAUUCCAGCCAUUCAGCAGAGAUCCUGAAGAAACUUCGACUAAAAUUCCCAGGUAUUCUAGUUCCUGAAGUAUCAGGCCCACCACCCACUGGCGUGGAAAACUGCCAUGGGCCAGAUGGCCUCAAUUCGCUAAGCCCAGCAGCACACAGGUUUCCUUCCUCCCCCCCAUCUCAAGAAGUCUGGCCUUCUCCCCCACCCAGCAUCCCAAGAUGCCAGACCUUUACCCCCGACCACCACCACUGGCCUUCACUUAGCCCAAUGGUUCUCAACCUUUUUAAUGCCUACUGGAUGAAUGAAUACACUUCCUCCCUUGGAAUUGGAGUAUUUCACUCAGGAAUUGAGAUAUAUGGCAGAGAAUUUGCUUAUGGUGGUCAUCCAUAUCCUUUUUCUGGAAUAUUUGAAAUUUUACCAGGCAAUGCAUCUGAAUUAGGAGAAACAUUUAAAUUCAAAGAAGCUGUUGUUCUUGGAAGUACUGACUUCAUGGAGGAAGAUGUAGAAAAAAUUAUAGAAGAACUUGGAAAAGAAUUUAAGGGAAAUGCUUAUCAUUUAAUGCACAAAAACUGCAAUCACUUUUCUUCAUCUUUAUCAGAGAUUCUCUGUGGAAGAGAGAUUCCUCGCUGGGUCAAUCGUCUUGCCUAUUUCAGUUCCUGUAUUCCUUUUCUCCAGAGUUGUCUACCAAAAGAAUGGCUUACACCUGCUGCCCUUCAGUCUAGUGUAAGUCAAGAGCUUCAGGAAGUCCUAGAAGAAGCAGAAGAUGCUGCAACAUCAGCUUCUCUGCCAAGUUCAGCAUCAGGAGCGAGAACUGGCCAUCAUGCUAAAAUAUAGGUUUAAUCCAAAGUUCUGUUAUUUUGGAAGCUUUUUCAAUAACUGGCUUCCCUUAUACAAUAGUAAAUAGACAUUUUAUGGUGUCUUUGGUUUGCAAUUAGAGAACUAAUUCAAACCCAUGGUGUUCUGCUCAGGAUUUUACAUGUAGUGGAAAAGUGUCUUGAUGAAAUGGAAAGAACUCGAGAAGAACUCAAAUGCAAUCUUCAUUUUAAUCUAAUCAAAUCACUUGGACUAAUUGAGCAGAAGUUAAACUGUUUACAGUAUUGUGUGCUGCUGUUUACAAAUCCCCGAGGGAUAUCAGCCAUUAAAAGAAAAUGAAUAAAUUCAGUACAGCCUGCAUAACUUCAUCAACAUCAGUGGAAGUACAGUAAUGGUCAAUGUUCCUUGCUACUGACUUGGAAUAGAAUAGGUUAGAGUAUGCCUCUUCCAACUCUUGUUGGUAUACAAGGAACUAGUGAAUACUAUGUGUAAACAGGGUACAGAAUUAUCAAUACAAAGAAUUUUGUUUAAGAAAGAAAGUCUUACUAUUUAGCAGAAAUGUUCCUAAAAUGUACCUUC